AUGGCGGCGGUGGCCGCCCAAACGACGGUCCUGGAGCCGGUCGCGGUGCUCGCCGAACAGGCCCCCGUGCCCCUGGAAAUAUCGUCAUCUCCCGAUCAGGUGGCACGCGUCGAGGAGGGGGCGCGGGCGCGGCAGCCCGUCAUCUCCUACGGGUUCCCAGCGCAGGCGCCUGUCGUGAUGCAGCCCGAGAGCGCUGCGGAGGGCGACAAGAUCGACGUGUUCCUGACGAACCUCCGCUCUUACGAGCAGGAGCUGGUCCAGCGGGAGGAACUCCUCGCCGAGCAGCUGCGGCAGAGGCGGGCCCGCGAGCAGACCGCGGCGGUGUCCGCGGCGGCCCUCUGGCAGCAGGAGGCGGCGACGAGCAAUGUGGCCGGCGUGUCCGUGACGCAGAUGGAGCAGCGGCAGGUCCAGGGCCUGAUGCCGGUGGUCAUGUCGGCGAUGGGGCAGUCACCGACGCAGGUGCACCAGGGCCUGCCGGACGCCGGCCAGGGCCCACUGGCCGCGCCGCCGCCCUCGUCAACGGCGAUGGCGCUGACCGCGGCCGCCGCCGCCGCCGAGGGGAAGCAGCCAAAGAUCGACCCGAGCGCGCCGACGAAGAUUAAGGCAAAGCCGAAAAAGAAGGGUUGCUGCUGA